GAGGGGCCAGUAUCUUGUAGUAUUUGCAACCGCAGAGCUCUGCUAUCAUGCAGUCUUUACCGAACCAUCAAGGUGGCCGUGGAGGUAGGUGGUAGUAGCCAUGGUAACGCAGAGAGACAAGCUGAUGUACGGCAGGCCUGCGAUUAUCCGGUAAUUCUAACGAGGACGGGCCGUAUCUUGGCGCGCGCGUCUUCAGUUCGGCGACGAACAGCCAAAUAUAACCCGAAUUUUCGUGAUGCAAGACCAAUUGCAGAUCGGAGCAGAUCUUUUAACGACACCAACUCCAGCUGCUGUGUUGAAGCACGUGACCUGCGAACAGUGAAGGCAUCCACUGGAAGGCUAGACAACAUGAGUGCCAACAAUCUCGAGGUUCGCUGGAAGCACCACCAGGAGGGAGUGAUGGACUAUUUGAGGCAACUGCUGGUUUCUGAAGUCUUUGUCGAUGUCACUCUGUGUUGCCAGAACAAGAGAUUCAAGGCCCACAGGAUUCUACUGUCCUCUUGCAGCUCCUACUUGCAGCAAGUACUGACGGAACACGUGGUUUCUGACCACGUGACGAUCAUUCUGCCCGACAUUCACCCUGACGACAUGCAGUGGCUUCUGGAUUUCAUGUACACCGGGUCGGUCGCCGUUCCUAGAAGUCGCUUGUCGUCUUUCCUCCAAGCAGCUGAGGCGCUGAACAUCAAAAUUUUGACCGACGUGGCUCAACUCCAGAAAACAACCGACAGUAGCUGCGUCGUCUCGUCUCCAGUGCUAGUCUUCAAACUAACAAAAGAUCCAAACUUCCGAAAACACCCCAUAAAUCCUAAUACAGACACUUGCAUUAUUAAGCCCCAUAGUUUGACUGAAGACUGUAAAAAUUCUUCAUGUAAAGAUGAUGCCAAAAUUAGGAGUGAUUCUUCGAAGCUAGUGACCGAUAAAGAGGACUUUAAGACUGUGACGGAGGACAGCAAGAGUUGUGUGUUUAUGUGCUCUUCAGAUGUUUCGUCUUACGUGCCGAAACGUUUUCAAAGUCCCAUAGACAGCCACAGCAUUUCGUGCAAGACGAUGACUUACAAUGCAGAGAUAAGAAAUAGCACGUCUCUUGGACACCCUUCAGAAAAGCCUUCAGCACGCCUGGAGACACCAGUUCACAAUACAUCGCCUUGCGAUGCUAAAAACGCGGCGGGAAAUUUUAACAUCGAUAACAGUUCGAGUAUUUGUAUUGGUAAUAAACCUCAGGCAGACAGAGAAUGUAACGACAAAGAAUUGCCGUCGGAAGAACAUUUCUCUUCUCCCGAAUACGGGUUUAAACUCAACAACAGAGUCAUUCCGAGCAGCAUUAGCCCUGUAUACAGACACGACACAGGGGUGAUCGACUUACCCUUAAGGCAUCGACCAGAAAACGCCGAACACUGUACUCUGAACCCCCAGCGUUUAUCGCAAUGGCCAAAACCACUUCCAUCACUGAUGCCGUUAAACAACCGGACGUGGUACAACGGACAAGUUCCGGCUUGCUACCUCGGCAAAGACUGCACAGUUAAUGGGGCGCUGCAACUGGACCGGAAGGAUACUUUUCCAGGACAUCUGCAAAGCAUGAAGGACAUCGUCCCAAACAGUAAGACUCGGACCAGGAGCAUGGAAGUUGACCAGCAUCUCCCGAAUGAGCACAGGCAUGUGAAAAACGUGUGGUUCUACGGCACGGACAAAGUGCUGCAUCACAACGGGCAGACUCCAGUCGCAGACUGCAGGCCUUCGAGAAGGCCGUCACACAGAGUACCUCGCCUGUGCCCCAUAGUACCUCCCUCCCCGUGGGCUCAGCAUCACCGACCGCCGUGCGCUACCCCGGUGGCCUGCCCGCCCAUAGCGAUGAACUACCCGGCCAUCAGCUGGACAGUACCACCUGUACACGUGGCCGUCGACCAACAACCAACGCCUCUUCUAGCACGUCCAGACAAUCAGCAGCGACCGAGUGAUACUGCGAGGCCACAUGCAUCCAUUAAAGCAGCUAAGCUGUCACCCCCUCCCCAAAGCAGCGACAAGAGUCCCGAUGAAACGACGCCUCUUCGUAGGAGACCUUCGGAGAGCGCGGCCAUGUUCUGCAAACUGAAGUCGAGGCGACUGGAAGAAUUCUACAGAGAAGAAACGGCGAGACAACUUAGAAGUGGGAGCAGCGAAGAGGAAGUUGCCAGCGACUUAUCGACGAAGUCCCCACAAAGUCCGGUACGAAGCACGCAUCUAAACAGUUCCAGAGGCACGCCGGAAUACCGGAAAGUGACCAGUUCGCCACUGACGGAGUCGCUACAACAGAAACUGAAAACAUUCUCCGAGCUGUCUUCGCCGAAUUUGUCCAUCUGCGACGCAAAUUUAUCAUACAAGGAGAAUGUAAAAGAAGACGAUAAUGCAAAGUUAGAAGGCUGUGAUAAAGAAGCGGGUGGAGGAGACCCGAAAACCGACGAGGCUGCACCGGUCUUGACUGACGACAGGGCACAGGAACUCGCCGUCACCGGGUCGGAAGGGGAACGGAAGGACGCGGGUCUGGAUCACGUUCAGGACGACUAUGACGUCCAAGUACUCCAUGACGGAAGGCACACGAGCUUCGUGAAAAAUGACAACAACAACAAUAAUAAUAACGGUCUACCGGAGGAGGCGAAACAAGGAGACCCAAUCGUGAAGACCCACGGGUGUCAGGACUGCGGGAAAUGCUUUUCCCGGCGCCAGCUGCUGGUCCAGCACCGACGCAUCCACACGGGAGAACGUCCAUAUUCGUGUGCCGAGUGCGGACGUCAGUUCACCCAGCGCGGCCACUGGAGCACGCACCAGAAGCUGCACGAGCCCGCUCGCAGACCCGAACACGCGUGUCCGAGCUGCGGGAAAGCCUUCGUCACUCGCGCCUCGCUCAAGGUUCACCUCAGGACCCACACCGGGGAAAAGCCGUUCCAGUGUGGUGAGUGCGGGAAACAGUUCAGCCAACUGCGCAAUUACAAGUACCACCGCUCCGUUCACGAGGGCACUCGGGAGUUCGCGGCUUCGUGUCCCGAGUGUGGCAAAUACUUCAACGACCGCGGUUACCUGAGCUCGCACAUGAAGAUUCAUAGAAAUCGGAAGGAAUACGGGUGUCAGUUCUGCGGCAAGAGCUUCAACCAGCGGGUGGCCUACAACAUGCACGUGAGGAUUCACACAGGCGAACGUCCUCACUCGUGCCCGCAUUGCAGCAAGACCUUCUCGCGCAAGAUGCUCCUUAAGCAACACUUGCGUAUCCACACUGGUGAGAAGCCGUUCGCGUGCAGCGUGUGCGGAAAAGCCUUCGCCGACAGAAGUAACAUGACACUGCACAUGCGACUGCAUUCCGGGAUCAAGCCGUACUCCUGUCAGCUGUGCGCCAAGGCCUUCACGAAGAAACAUCACCUCAAGACGCACUUGAACUACCACACUGGAACCAAACCGUACUCAUGCGGCAAAUGUGGGCUACGAUUCAGCCAGUCAAGUAAUAUGAGGACUCAUUACAAGAAAUGCGCGGGUUCGGGGCUCAUGACCCUCGAGGCGCCUGUGGGCAAGACCGAGGAGGCUACCGCGACGCCGGGCACGAACAACAACGGCGCUGUCUCCCCACCGUCUUCACCCAGUCGAAGUGACGCCACGAUGACGUCACCAGAGACAUUAUCAGCUCCUCCCCAUUCGAAUAAUUCGUCUUGUGUCACUUCCGUUCUGCCAAGGAAUGCGGUUCACGCACCACUGCCCGUCUGAUGCGCGUUCACAGCACCCGGCGCGGUUGCCCAAUUUUUAAUUAAAACUGGAAUGUGUCUACAAAUAAAAUCAAAAACUCCUACGAGCUUCCUGCAGUCGUUAUAUAAUGACAGAUAGACAGACAGACAUGUGACUAAGCUCAUUCAUAUCAGCUCUGGGGCUAGCUCCACGGAGCACAACCCUUCUUGAGAAACUGAUAGUUGCCAAGUUACUCGGCAGAUCCUUGGUUCAUACCUCGGGCCCAGAGACUGGACAACCUGACUGAGGUUUUCGUGGUUUUACUCAGCUGGGAGAUACCUUGAAUAAAGUCCAUAACUGCUUCCUUCCACAUCCCUCCAAUUCAUCCUACGUUGAUCAUCGACGCUACACAGGCUAAGCUACUGGUAACGUCGUUAAAUAAACAACACAUACACAUUAAUAAACUGUUAUCAUAAACGCCACUUAAUAUUUUAUGUAAAUAAGUGACAUCAUUGUAUGGAAACAAAUGAGGAAAAUGAAGUCUUCUGUAUUUUGUCA